CCCGCGCCCGCUGACACUGCUCCCUGCCAACUACCCUUCGGCCUUCGCGGCUUCGCGUCGCCCACCCACGACUCGUCGUACACCCGGUCCGCCCUCCGUCGCUGAGUUCGUUCCCCUUCACCCUCCCCCACCCCCUACCCCGAUCGCGCAGCUACGGCGAAACCCUAGCGACGAAUUCCCCACCGAAUCGAGGAUUCCAAGUAAGUUCUGCUCUUCCCUGCGCUCCAUCCUUGCCCCGAUUUCUUCGGGGCCGACGGGCCGUGCUGGUUCGGUUAGAUCUGAGCACCCGGGCUUGCAUCGUUAGGGUUCCUACCGGGGCGAGCGCGGGGGCAGCAUUCCGGGAGCGGUUGAUGGCGACCUGCCGCAAGACGGCGCGCGUCGAUGUCACCGAGCUGAAGCAGCGCCUGGUGAAGCGCCUGGGUCGGGAGCGGGCGGUCAAGUACUUCGCGCACCUCGCCAGGCUGCUGAACCUGAAGCUCACCAAGGUGGAGUUCGACAGGCUCUGCUUGGCCACCAUCGGCAAGGAGAACAUCGCGCUGCACAACGCGCUCAUUAGGGGGAUCAUAGGCAAUGCUCUGUCGGGGGUGCCUCCGCUCAGCCGGCAGGCGGUGACGGGGCAGUCGGGCACCACCACCGCCCCCAGCGGGCAGUGCGUGGGCGUUGCGCUGCCGGUGGUGGAGAAUGUGGGGGCAGUGGUUGAUUCGGGUGAUGGCGAGCUGGCGAGGGAGCGGGGGGCGCCGGUGGGGAAGCUGGUGUCCGUGGAAGAUGGGGAGGAGGUGGAGCAGGUUAGGUAUGCUCCGUGUGUCCAGAGCCGGAGCCCGAUAACAGCGCCAUUGGGGAUUUCAGUCGCUGGGGGCAGUGGUAUGAGGGUAAGGAGGAAGUUGGAUGAUUCAGUGGUGUCAUGCUAUGAUUCUGGACAAUUGCUGGAUACGGGUUCUCUGUGCGAGGGUUUGCAGCGGUGGCUGUACAGUAACGGCACUGGAGUGACGGUGCAAGCCGUCGAUGCUUUGAAUCAUGGGUUAGAUGAGCUGUUGCGAAGAUUGAUUAAACCGACCGUAGAUUUGUCGAGGGUAAGAGCCAGCAGUAGAAGAAUUAGCAAAGUCAAUCAAAAGUUUGCUGGUAGAAUGAAUUCUUUGCAACAUCCAAAUCAGGGUCAGUGUACAACGUUGCAAGAUUUUGCAGUUGCUGUGCAAUCUGAUCCACGUUUGCUUGGUCCAAAUUGCCCCACGCAAAUCGAGAAGAUACAGGCAAUGACAUUUGGAGGGGAAUGAUACAUAGUAGCCCGUUAUAGCUGAUGAAUUUCUCAAAAGGAGAUGCUGUUAGCUGGCAUUGAAGUAAAUGAAGCGGCAGAUCCAACAGCGCUACAAAAUCUGAGUAUUGCAGCACUCACGGAGUCACGGGCAAGAAAUACCAAGGCCCAACAAGUGAACAAAGGGUGAUGCAAUGGACAGUGUAGCAUAAAUUCUUUUUUGGGAAUAUAUAGCCCGUCGAUAAUAAAUCGAAGAAUCAAUAUGGUUGGCUGAUGUCCAGGUCAAGCUGAGUAACUCCUUGACAAACAUACUCUCAACUCUUGGCACAGACUAUGUUCCGGUAGUACUUUUAGAGAUUUGUUGCGAUGUUGUAAUAGAGCAUUUUCCUCUUAUUACAGACUUAAAUGUAAUCAUUUUUCUCAGUGAUCAAUGAUCAUAAAUGAUGCCUUUAAUGGCUCAUUGCUCCUGUACAUUGUAUUCAGAUUAUGGCAAUGACCGAUUGCAAUUAAGAUAAAAGUUUAACCCUGUUGAAUAAAUAUAUGUUUUUUAUGCCCAAGGACUUCAAAUUCUCUCCUAUGGCUGGAAUAUAAAUGUUCUAAACAUGCAUUCAUCCAAAUGAGUUACAGUUGAGUUGCCAGGAAUUAUGAUAUGUACUUUUCUAAUCGAAUCAAAUUUCUGGUUCUCUGGUGUGUUGAUUUCGCGUCUAUUACUGUAGUUUCUUUUAUUCUAGCAUCAAAGAGUUUCAUAUUCUGUUUUGGAAUUUUGCUUGAAUACACUAUGCACCUUGUUCUAGUAUCCAUGAACUGCGCAAAAGUUAUUCAAAUGUUUUUUUGUUAACAUUUUUUAAUGUUUUCUUGGAGUUGGUAUUCUUUGUUGUGAUUUUUUCAGCACCCGGUUCAAGCCAAAGAUUGCAUCAGUUGCUUUGGGACAAAUGUCUUAGUUUAGUAAUUUGGGUUUUAUUUUGAGUUUUUGACACAACUUAUGCUUUGUUUCUGUACGCCAUUACAAAACUUUGCUUGUCUUGAGCAUAUUUUUCUUUUUAUUAUCUCACUGAAGUGGUAUAGACAUAUAGGGCUGUAAAAAAAAAAGGAUUUUACCCUCUUAGAAUGGUAAGCUCGAGUUCAGACUAUCCUCUUUUGUUGAGAAGCAUGGUGUCUUUGUCGAACUUUUUGCUAUGUUCUUAGCAUGUCAAAUGUUGUUAUAUAGUCUAAUUUUUCUUGCAUAUGAUGUUUAUUUAUCAGUUGACUUGUUUUUUUGACGUUUCCACAUAUCUAUAGUGCCCGCUAGGAACCUUGGUAGCCAGGAUGACAGGGCUGAAUGCUACCAGGUGCUUGCUAUCCUUAUUGAAGCUACCUGGAAUAACCAGCUCAAAUUAGGUUUGGUUCACAAGCAGCUUACACGGUUACACUGUACUUGAAACCCCCAAGUUUCUGCUGUCUCAGAUCUAAGAACCCAUAUGUGAUUGAGAAAUAUUAUCCUUUUAACCUAGAGGAAAUUACCUGAAUUCUUAUGUUUAGCUGACCAUUAUCUCGAGAUCUUGUACUUUUUCAGUUGUCUUGCAGGUUAGUGGUUCGUGGAUUGCACGUCAUGCCCAUGGACAGCGAUGGAGAUUCAGCAAGGGCUCUGGAGUCACACACUGUCAUGAAGUGCAGGAUUUCUGAUUAGUGCUGCUUAAGCGUAGCUUAUGGUAUUUCACUGUUCCCAGGUGAGUAAACCAAGAAAGUUAUGACAUUGCCACUAAGAAUGUCAGAGUGGUAAACUACAACACAUUUUUCUAAACAGUAAUACUAAGAGAGGUUGGAAGAGUAAUGACAAUUUUUGUGUUUGUGCUAUCCCAUAAUCAAAUGAUCACAUUUCCUUCAAAUGUGUCUUAGGUAAGUUGAUUUGACGAUUCUGUAAGUUGUUUUCAAAUGGGAAUCUGUGCCUCUUAUCUCCUAAGGACUUUCCUGAGACUUGGCUUUAGGGCAAGGGGCCUCUACCAAUUAGAUUAAUCAUGUUUCUGGUUUUUUUUUUUUUUUUGCGCUCUUUGGAUCACUAGGAACAAGAUGGGCAGAUGGUCAUCGAAAAGAGAUUCUCGAAGUCACCUACUGAUGUAGUCUAUAUUGCUAUAUCCUUGUUGUAGAAGUGGAAUGUGUUGCUAAAGGAGGUGAAUCAGGAGCGUAGCAUCCAUGUGAAGCGCGAGGUUAUCUGCUGGAUGAAGAACUUUAGCCCUUCGGCUUUUAUACCCACGGAUGUCUACGGGAUCUAAACCUGGUAAUAGUAGUCUCUUUUACUUCUCUCUGUAAAACUAGAGUUCCUAGUAUUGUGUACCUCAUACUGCUUUCAUAAAAGCUGGGUUCUUCCUCUUUAAAAAAAAUAAUAAAUACUCGUGUCAUUACUGGGCGU